UCCGACAGACAUUUGUUGACGAAGAGCCGUUGGCGUAGCAAAACCUCGGCGUAUCCUCCUAUAUUCCGAGUCUCCUCAUUGUCUAUAGAUGCUAGCAGUCGUUGGCACCGGCCACCGGGGAUCCAGCGGUUUGCGGUAAUAGCUUGAGAAUUCGGAAAAAAAUGUUGUGGCUCCUGGCUAGUAUAUUAAGCUAACUUAUUUUUCGGUAAUUAUGUAACAAAAGAACCGCCAAUCAGAAGCAAUGUAACAUCGUAUGAUCUCUGGACUAUUAUGCAGCAAUCAAGACGAGAAGGGAUUGAUUUUAAGUCACUAGCCAAUGACAGAGGAUGGCCAGCCGUAUCUUCUCUGGAGGCCAAUUGAAAGAAAAUGCCUUUCUAUUCUUCAGCGAACAAAAACGGGGGAAACCCUCCUACAAAUCCAUGCUUUCAUGCUUCGAAACGCCGUUGAAACCAACAUCCACGUUCUUACCAAAUUCAUCACCACCUCUGCUUAUCUUGCUCGUAUAGCUUUCGCUUUUGAACCACUCGCUAUUGUCCGCCAUGCUCGCCAGAUGUUUGAUAAUAGGCCCCACAAAGACGAUACGUUCCUUUGCAAUUCCAUGAUCAAAGCUCAUGCCGACAUGCGCCAAUUUUCUGAUUCUUUAACUCUUUACAAGGAUCUUAGGAGGGACACGGGUUUCCGUCCUGAUAAUUUCACAUUUACUGCAUUGGCGAAGUCUUGUGGCUUGAGUAUGGCUAUUUGGGAAGGUUUGGAGAUGCAUAACCAUGUUGUGAAGAUUGGUUUUCGUGAAGAUUUGUAUGUUUCAACGGCAUUUGUUGACAUGUAUGCAAAGUUUGGGGAGUUAAACAUGGCAAGAAAACUGUUUGAUGAGAUGACUGAGAGAAGUCUAGUAUCAUGGACAGCUCUUAUUUGUGGGUAUGUCAGGUCGGGAGAUAUGGUCAGUGCAAGGGCACUAUUUGAUCAGAUGCAUGUGAAAGAUUCUGCAGCUUACAAUGCAAUGCUUGAUGGUUAUGUUAAAGUAGGAGAUAUGGACUCUGCUCAAAGUUUGUUUGAUGAGAUGCCGGAUAGGAAUGUAAUCUCUUGGACUAGUAUGAUUUAUGGUUAUUGCAAUUGUGGUGAUGUUUUAUCUGCUAGGUCUCUUUUUGAUAGCAUGCCGAAGAAGAACCUGUUUUCUUGGAAUGCAAUGAUUGGCGGUUAUUCCCAAAAUAGACAACCUCAUGAAGCAUUGAGAUUGUUUAAUGUAAUGCAGUCUAGCACUUCUUUUGAACCAGAUAAAGUAACAACUGUAAGUGUCCUUCCAGCUAUAGCUGAUUUGGGUGCUUUGGAAUUGGGGGGUUGGGUUCAUCAGUUUGCUUGCAGGAAGAAAAUUGAUAGAGAAAGUAAUGUCAGUACAGCACUGGUUGAUAUGUAUGCAAAAUGUGGUGAAAUUUUGAAAGCAAGAAGCGUGUUUGACAGCAUGCCUAAGAAGGAACAAACUUCUUGGAAUGCUUUAAUAAAUGGAUUUGCAGUUAAUGGGUGUGCUGAGGAAGCACUGAAAGCAUUUCUGGAGAUGCAAAGUGCAGGAGUUAAACCAAAUGAUAUAACCAUGAUCGGCGUUUUGUCUGCUUGUAACCAUGGUGGUUUAAUAGAAGAAGGAAAGAGGUGGUUUAAAGCUAUGUGUGAUUUUGGGCUGACCCCAAAAAUUGAGCACUAUGGAUGUCUGAUUGAUUUACUAGGAAGAGCAGGGCACUUGGAGGAAGCAGACGAAUUGAUAAAGAGUAUGCCUUAUGAAGCUAACGGAAUCAUCCUCAGUUCUUUUCUGUCUGCUUGUGCCUAUUGUAAGGAUGUUAAAAGGGCUCAGAAAGUGCUAAAUGAGGCUCAUAAUAUAGAGCCAUGGAAUGAUGGAAACUAUGUCAUAUUGAGGAACUUGUAUGCGGUAGAGAAAAGAUGGAGAGACGUAGAGGAAAUGAAGCAAUUGAUGAGGAGAAAUGGAGCAAAGAAAGAGGCAGGUAGUAGUGCUAUAGAGAUUGAAAGUAGAGUUUCAGAGUUCAUAGCUGGGAGUAGAGAACACCCACAGUGGGAUUCAAUUCAAUCAGUCUUGGGGCAGUUGUUGAUUCAUAUGAGAGAUAAAGGGUUUCGUCACAAACUUGGUAUUCAAUAAGUUGCUAGUGAAGCGUUCUGUAAACUGUUAAAAGCUGCGCUAAAGCAAGUAAUUACAAAAUGAAGCUACAGACGUUGGUCAACCUCUUUGACGUAUCAUGGAUUAGAAGCACUCUCGUACCCUUGAGACCAGGUUUUUUGGAGCCUUUUGGGUCCUUCCAUUUUCAUAAGAAAUUUGUCAUCGACUGCAUCUUUGGGCAAAGUUGAAGAUUUUGAUUAAAUAAUAUGUGUAGUUUGUAGAACAGAAGCCAUUUGAAAAAAUUACAAAAUAUCUUUGACAUUUGA